CCUCCCACCCGGUUUAGUUUUCACAGACACUGCCAUCUCUCAGAGUGACUCUUCAAACAUGACAAGCCAGCGGUGACGCACUUUAAUUUUCUCUCCGGGUUAAAUUUGGAGUUUAAACUGAAGACGUGUUGGGAGGUCUUUUUCUCUCAGAAGCAUCAUGGUUACGCUGAAGAAUAACAACAACAACACAGAGGUACCUGAUCAGUCAAAUGAGCCAGAAAAGGUGAGAACCCUGAGGCACUUUCCUCCGUAUGGUUCCAUAAACGGACAAGCGACGGGAGAGACCUGCCCGACGUGUCGAGGCACUGGACGAAUACCCAGAGGCCAUGCAGACCAGCUGGUCGCUGUAAUCCCAUGUAACGACGUUCGGCUGAAGCCCAGGCGCACGAAGCUGUACGUGUGCGCCUCCAUGGCCUUGUGUCUCCUGCUCUGCUGUCUCAUCCUCUUCUUCCUCUUCCCCCGGAGUGUCACGGUGACGCCCGUGUCUGUGCUGUCAGUCAUGGUCUAUUUCACCCAAGACACAGUUGAAAUGGAGGUCACGAAUCUCAUCAACGUCACCAACAACAACUUUGUCCCGGUUCAGAUCUUGGAGUUUGACAUCCAGGCUCUUUUUUACACAACUUUUUUGGGAAAAACUAAAAUCUGCAAUAUGACCGCCAUCAAGUCUCGCUCACGGCAAUCAUACACCGUCAAGAACAACCUGACCAUCUCUGAUGAGGGAUUAAAGAACUACUGCCAGUCGACAGCAUACAAGAUUCACACGUUAUUUUUGGAGCUUCAAAUGACAAUGAACAUCUCUUAUCUCUCUCACACGGAGCAGCUGUCUCUGGAAUCCUUCGAGUAUAUUGACUGUGGCACCAAUUCCACAUUGCCACAUCCAGUGCAAUGAUGAAAUGGAAAUGAAAAACACAGAAGUGUGAAAUGCUGAAUAUCCUGACUAUUGCACCAUUAUCCCUGCUGUAAGGGAUGUGAAUUUAAUGAUGAAUACGGUGAUGGUGCACCUUAUCUUAUCCUGUAUGUUGUUUUAGCAUACUGUCGGACUUUAAUCAAUCACUACAAUGUUGUGAUUAAGACAUGAACACUUUGACUCCAGCAUGAAUGUUCUUAUUUCUGUUGUUUACAGUUAAUCUGUAUUAAGAAGGGGAAAUUAUGUGCACAGUUCUCUUGAAUGAAGAUGUGAGAAGUGUUUAUUUUAUCAGAAACUUGUCAACUUUAAAAAAAACUCCUGCCACUUUAAAACUUUUCCGACUGUUUUUUUUUUUUGCCAUGGUGACAGAUAUCUUGUAAAUAUUUUUUUUCUCAAAUGACAAUAAUGAUCAUGUCUUUGUAAUUUGCACUUCAUUAAAACUAGUAUUUCAGUCAGUA